UCAUGAAAAAUUGAAUAGUUCCCGACCCGAAAAACUUCUGGAAAAAGAAGCCCUGCAACAGAAAGUUAGUGAAUUACGGAUGAACACGUGUGCAGUAGAAAGACCCACCGCGAUGAAGCCUGCCGAAGGAACGUUUCAAGAAAUCGGUGUUGAAAUGGAUGAACCAUAUGAAUGGUAUAGAAAAGAUGCUGAAGGUGAUAAAUCUGCUGGACAAUUCGAUCCCGUUAUACGAAGAUCUGCUAAAAUGGGCGAAAAACAAAAGAAACCGCCGCUGGAUGAAUAUGUCGUAAAAAUCAAGAUUCAGAAAAGCUCGCCUAAUAAAAAUAAAAUAGGUAUAGGGUUAGUAAAAACAACCAAAAAUCAGCUCAUAACAGUAAACCCAGCCGCAAGAGAUCCUUCGUACCUGCUGCUAUGGAGUGUCAUACGGAUGUUCGAUCCUGGAGAAACCUGA